AGAAGUGUUCUCCAAGACCUCAAAAGUGCUUUCAGCUUGAUGUUCCUUUUGGGCUUAACUUGGGGCUUUGCCUUUUUUGCCUGGGGAGAAGUGAGGAUAUUUUUCUUGUAUCUUUUCAGCAUUUUUAACACCUUGCAAGGGUUCUUUAUCUUUGUGUUUCACUGCCUAAUGAAGGACGAGGUAGUGAAGCAGUGCCGAGUACACUUCUGCUGGGGAAGAUUCCGUCUGAGUAACUAUUCUGACUGGAGUGGGUCAGGUGCAACUGCAGGAUCUACACCAAAGCAUUUAAACCGCAAAUCACCAUCCCAGGCUUUGCAGAGUCUAAAUUCUAAUGGAACAAGUUCAACUUCCAAUGGUUCAGAUUUCCUUCCCAGGUCUUCUCCAGAUAGGAAUUUUAAGAUUGCUGAAGUCCAUUACAACCCCAGUGCUGUAUCUCCAGAAGAUGGUGAGACCAAACAUCCUUGUUCACAAAGAACACUAACCAUGGAUACAGGACUGCACUAUCCACAGAAAGCAGGAUUUUUACACUGAUACUGAAUUUGUUUUCUUCUGAUUAUCUAGUGAUGGUUCUCCUCUGUGUAUGAAAACAAGCAUUGUUCAAAUAAUUACUUCCAAUCUACAGUUAUCACUCUGGACACAGUUAUCCCAUGACUCAACUCUAGGCUUCAGUGGAAUUUCAAUCCUGACCACACAAGGAUUUGCUGCCCCCAUGUUUCCAAGAUUAGUCCUCAUGUUAAACAGAGACUGGAAACAUUCUCUCCCUCAUCAUUAGUCCCUCCCACAGUUCAUCUUUUUUUACCCUUUACACCCUCCUGCCAUUUCUCUGUUUUCUUCUUCAUCUGAUACUUAUUGUCAUAGCCUAACACACAUAAUACUGAGUUUCAAGUGAUAUUUUUUAGCCUGCUGGUUGACUGCCUCAGGCACAGACAUAUCUUUCCUUACUUUUUC